AUGGGAUCACCACGCUUCCUCAGUGGUUCCUUGGUUGGCGUAUAUCAAGCUAAUGCGGAACGUGCUUGCAGCUCCACUGCUACAUUCAACACCACCCUCCCCACAUACGCUGAAGCUACUGAAGCACUUCGGUUGCUAGAUACCCUCCCGUGUUUACGUUUCAAGUUCCCAGAUGUCUUACGAACUUUAACCACUACGGGUGCCCUUUCCCAUCCCCAGAAUGUCCCACUGCUAAAAGCCUUGUUCGACACCACCAAACAUGAUUACUUCAAGUUUUUGGCCUUCCUCGAUGUUGACUGGUGGAAUCUUGGUCCCAAUCUUCCUGAUAAAUCUUCACAACGUCCCAGCCGAACCAGCCACUAUAUUCAAAUGGAUUACCCCUUCUAA